AUGAUUAAAGCUACACUGAUAGAAAUUGUACGGCAACAUAAACACCAACACGGUGAAAAGUUUGUUGUGGACGAGAUGGCGGCGCAGCAUGGUAUAACCGUAUUACGCCUGCCCCCAUACCACUGUGAGCUCAACCCCAUUGAGUUGGUAUGGGCGCAGGCUAAAGGGUAUGUGGCAAGGAAAAACAAAACAUUUAAAAUGCAGGAAGUGAAAAAACUUUUUGAAGAAGGACUUAACCUUGUCACAGCAGAAAAAUGGAAAAGCUGCGUGUCCCACGUCAUAAAAGAAGAAGAAAAAAUGUACGGUCUCGACCACAUAAUUGACAACAUUUCAGAUAGAUUUAUUAUUAAUGUGACCGAAAGUGAUAGUGACGAUUUUGUAUCGGAGGAUGAAGAUGAAUAA